GUGUACGGGUUAAAGAUUGGUCGCUUCCUUGCAUGGACUGAUAUAGCUACAAUAAGUUGAUCAGCCAAUCGGAAUACGGAGUACGUUAAGCUCAACUUUCCUAGUUACAUUAGAAAUAGUAGAGCUAGGAUGAUGUACAUAAAAUAAGCUACGUGGGCGAGCUCGUCGUUCCAUUGCAUUCAGGUUCGCCUAUUUUCAUCAAGAAGUCUCCUCUGGCGAGACAUAAUAAGGCACACUGGUAUACCCAUUACUUAAGACAUCUUUUACAAUGGAGGAAUUUGCUCGCAUUCAAGAGAAAUACAGCGCGGAAGCCCAAAAGCGUAUCCGACCUGAAGGCGCUGCUCAAUUUCAGACACUGGCACAGAGCGACUCCGAUCAGUUGCGUCACCUCGCUGACGAUUUCUGGGCUGAUCAUGCGGCAUUGGACGCGCUGCCAUUACCCCUUCAGCCUGGCGACUCUCCUAAGUUUCUCAUAGCAGGAGCAGGUAUAGGCGGUAUCGGGGCUGCUGUCCGACUUAUCGAGGCCGGCUUCUCGGCGGACCAGAUUCGAAUUAUAGAGACAGCUGGCGGCGUCGGCGGAACGUGGUAUUGGAAUAGGUAUCCGGGUCUACAUUGCGAUGUCGAAUCUUAUGUUUACCUGCCACUGUUGGAGGAGACGGGAUUCGUACCCUCUCAGAAAUACUCUUCCGGAAUUGAGAUCAGGAACUAUCUGCAGCAGGUUGUGAAGAGGUGGAAUCUCGAGGAUAAAAUUCUGUUUAGGUCUAAACUCGACAAGAUUGAAUGGGAUGAUAGUGCUCGCUUGUGGAAUUGUGACAUCACUACUGGAAGGGGACCAAGGGGUGACGAAAAGACAACUUUCAAAGCGAAGGCGGAAUUUGUUUGGGUAACUGCUGGGUUACUGAGCAAGCCCCAGGUACCGAAGCUCUCCGGAGUCGGGAUCGAGGGGUUUAAGGGCGAUGUUUUCCACACAGCGCGGUGGAACUACGACGUUACCGGUGGUACACAGCAGGAAGUCUUCCCGGACUUAUCAAAGUUGAAGAAUAAAAGGGUAGGUGUUGUUGGAACCGGCGCGACAGCGAUUCAAGUCGUACCAUGCUUGGCCGAACAUGCGAAGGAGUUAUAUGUAUUCCAGCGUACUCCCGCCGCGGUUUACGGUCGUGGUCAGAAACCGACUGAUCCGGAGGAAUGGAAGAAGAUCGCUGGCCAGCCCGGUUGGCACGAGGCUCGCCGGCAGAAUUUAGCAGCGAAUAUAUCUAACUGCGCCCCUCCUGGUACCCCGGACUUGGUCGACGAUGAGUGGUCUCGGCAGGUUGCUUACGCGAGCCUAAUUGGCGAUCCGGAGUUUGCGUUUGUAUCGCCGGAGAGGAUACCCGAGGUUAUUGGUCAAUUUCUAGCUCGAGACGCGCCCAAUGCAGCACGACUACGAGCACGGAUCGCCGAGAUCGUUAAGGACAAAGAGACAGCUGAGAAGCUUACGCCCUGGUACCCAGUCUGGUGCAAGCGGCCUACUUUCAGCGAUACGUACCUGCAGUCCUUUAAUAAGCCUAAUGUUCACUUGGUCGACACGGACGGCAAGGGAGUCGACAGCGUAACGCCGGAGGGCCUCGUCGCUAACGGCCAAGACAUCCCCCUUGAUGUCAUCGUGUUUAGCACGGGGUAUCGCGGACCAAGUGCAGACGGAGCAGACCCAUCGAUUCGCGCCGGCGUCGAAGUGCACGGCCGUGGUGGAAAGACCAUAGCAGAGUCUUGGGCGGAUAAAGGUAUUGCCACUCUUCACGGCUACGCAAACCACGGCUUCCCAAAUCUGUUCUGGCUUUCCCCCCUCCAGUCCGGUGUUAGCGUUAACCACUCGCAUGUGCUCGAUGUGCAGUGCAAGCUCAUCGCAUACGUAGCGGCGGCGGCUCACCAGAAGGCAGGCGGUCUGACCAAGAGUGGAGUUACGGUGGAGGUCGAAGAGGCCGCGCAGGAGGCCUGGAGCAUGAAGAUCAUGCAGGGGGCGGCUCGGUUCGCGACCGUGACGGUCUGCACGCCGAGCUAUAUCAACAACGAAGGGAAGGCGGUCGAUCCGACGGCUAGCCCCGAGGAGCAGAUGAAGCGGGCGCGAGCGUCGCCCUACAGUGCGGGUCUUGUUGAGUAUAUCCGGGAGUUGCAAGAAUGGCGCGAUGAAGGCAACCUGAGGGGUAUCGAAGUCACCGCCUCGUAAGAAUAAUACGAUUCAGAAGAUCGUGAAGUAGGGGUGUUUUACUACAGUAUGUGGCGCUUGUUUGGGGUAUGAAUUAGCACAGCGCUACCUAGCGUAUACUUGUUAGCUAUAUCAAUAAGGAAACCUACAGCAGGAGAUUCUGCUGUAGGUGAGCGAGCCUGAUCGAGGAACUAGAUAAAGUCCGUUGCAACUGAUCUUCACUAUCGUAUAUUGAUAGGUGAACA